GCCUCUGUGGUCCAGCUGAUGCUGACGCGCGCGCAGAAAGAGCUGCUCCUGACAACGGCUUUGGACUGAUGUUACAGAACCGCACGUGUAUUAUCGUAUAUUUACGAGGGGGAUAAAGAUGACGAGAGGCAGCAGUUGAUUUAAGGCCCGGUCCUUUUGCAGAAGAUGUUGCAGGGACCCCAUGCGGCGGGGCCCGACAGGCCGCUGUUGUUGAGGAUUUCCUUCAGGUCUUGUGUUGUGGGGACCCUGUGCCUGCCUCUGCUGGGACUGCUCUCCUGUGUCUUCAUCUCCUCUGUGUACCACUUUGAGGAUGCCACAGGAACACACUGCCACGUUGCUAACUACCUGCCAUCCAUAAGUGCCUCCAUCAGCUUGAGCCCGGAGUGCCACAUUUGGAGGGCCUGUAUCGGUUUGCACUGGGCCCCCCGUGUCCUGGUGGAGUACAGUUACUCCAAACUGUACAGGGGUCGCUUUGGGGCCCGAUCAGUGGAGAGGUCCCUGAGUGCCCUCUGCCUUCUCUUUUCUGUGUUUGAGAACAUGGGCCUGCUGCUGCUCACCUCUGUCUCCUCCACUGAGGCCUACGCCGUGCAUAAGACUGGUUUCCUGCUGUUCAUUGGCAGCUCUCUUGUGUACAUGCUCAUAACCUGCCGUUUGUGGAGUGCUAUAAAGAAACAGACCUUUAGCCCUGAGGAUGCCAGAUCUCAUCGCUGGAAGAAACGCCUGUUAUUCGCUUGCUCCUUCUUCUGCGGUUUUGCCGGGUUCUUCUACUGGAAGCACAACAUGUACUGUCAAUCUGGAGCAUACACGAUGUUUGCCCUCUUCGAGUAUCUCCUGGUCUUCUCCAACAUGGCGUUCCACCUCACAGCAGUGUGGGACUUCAGAGGCAGGGACAUAGUGGUUGUGUCUUUAGAGGAUAAACACUUCUGACUAGACUCUCCGCAAGCCCACCCAAACAGCAGCAACCCUGGGGACGAGUCGGACACAGCAGCAGCACAGGAAGACUGGGACGGCCUGUUCCACAUAUUUCCAUGAUGCCAAUUGUAAUAUGUACAUGCACAAAGACACUGCCAAUGCCGUUUGUGGUAAAAAGUAAAGUGUUUUUAAAUGUU